AUGUCCUUCUCAUUGACAAAUACAAUGUAUCCAGCGAAUCACAAAACUGUGUUCGUUCUGGACCACACACCAUACUUCGGUAUAUCCUGUGAAAAUCCUAUUGAAUUCGAAUUCUUGAAAAGUCGUACUCCUGGUUUUAUACCUAUGAAUCCGAUAUCAAAAUCCCUUUGGACUUCCAGUGUUGAGUCAGCUAUAGAAUACUGCAGGAUAGUAUGGGACUUGUUCCCUACAGGAAAACUGGUUCGAUUCAUUGCAAGUGAUACUGUGGCACACAUUCUGAAUACUUGGAGUCCAUUACAACAAAAUUUAACACAUAUUAUGAAUGGAAUGUCUUUGAUUGGCAUUCCACCUCCCCCUGUGCCAUUAAGAUCAGUGGGCACACCCCAGGAUCAUACAGUACUACAUGGAUUAAGAGCUGCUAUAGAGGCUAUAAGUGAACCCACUGAUUUACAGGAAAAGCUUAAAAGCUCUUUGGAUGGGCAAAAGAUCUUGAAUAAGUGCAGAGUGAUCUGCAUUACUUCAGCUAGGGAUAAUGACAGUAUGAAGAGAUUAGAAGAUAUAUUUCUCACUGUUCUUAAUCAACAAAAUAAAGCUUCUGCCACUUCUGAUAAAUCACUCUCUAUUGAUCAUUGCCAUUUAGUGAUAAUCAAUACAUUUCCAAUAAGUAUUGAUUCCCAAGUAAAUAACCAUCCUCCAAAAGUUCUAUCCCCUAUUUUAACAACUGAAGUACAUUCUAUUAAGGCACCUCAUAUUCCAAAUAAAUUUUCUUCAAUCAUAUUGGACCAUUAUGAUUUGGCAAGUACCACAGUAACAGGAAUACCCAUGAAGGAAGAACAAAAUGCUUCUUCUUCUGCAAAUUAUGAUGUUGAAAUAUUUCAUGUUAGUUCUGCACAUACUGCCAUGUUGAAGGGAAAUGCCUCAGAUUCAGCUGCUAUAAGAACUAUAAAGGAUGGUUUGGAAUAUGAAACUACCACAUUGAAAUGGUGUACACCAAGAGGUGUGAUGGGCUCAGAACUACAAAACUGUACAUGUAUGCAUAGAAUUACUCCAGUUGAUGUGAACUCAAGACCAUCAUUAUGUCUCAUAAAUUUCCUCUUGAAUGGAAGAUCAGUAAUGUUGGAAAUGCCUAGGAAAGCUGGUGGUAAAAUCACCAGCCAUCUAUUGGCAGCCCAUGGAGGAGAGAUCUUUAUUCACACCUUAUGUACAGCAAGGUCGGUUUUGGAGGAUCCUCCAUCCAUUUCAGAAGGCUGUGGUGGGAGAGUAACGGAUUACAGAAUACCUGAUUUUGGACUUUUAAUAAAACAGAACACAUUAGUACCCAUCAAGCUGAAAGGUAAUGAAGAUGGCGGACAACCUAUACAGAAAAUGAAAACGAGACUGAAUAGGCUUACCCGAUAUUGGCCUAUGACGAUCAGUUCCACACUCAUAUUCAAUUUAAAAAAUUACUUCGAUCCUCUACCGACUCUAAUAUCGAAGGAGAAAAUAACGGACGACGAAACGUUCCAAUGCAAAAAAGUCAUAUACAACCUGAUCUCUCUCGAAUCCAAGAUGGAGCCGCUGCACCCGCCCAACACGGGCCAGCGAGUGAAAGGGCAGAAGCGCGAGGAGCAGUACAAGGCGAUGUGGAACGAGCUGGAGACGCUCAUCAAAAACAACCUGCAUUCGGAGAACCAUCGCGGCGUGUACGGUUGUUUGUUGGAAUGCCACAAGUUCAAUUUCGAUGAGGACAAGCUGGGCGAUAAGGUGGAGCUGGACGAUGCCUUGAAUCAGCUGGAUAAUAUCGGUCCCGGAAAAAACGACCAAGACGUCCCGCGGGCGUCCGUCAUCCGAGCCACUACGGACUCCCCGAUGUCCCCGCCGCCAUUGGCCAGCAUAGCUCCGCCCCUUUCGCGCGCAGGCUUGAACCGAAGCGGCGGCAUCUACCAUGCGCAGCGCACCCUGCUGGAGAUAUUCGCGUCGCACGAGAAGGGCAAGUCGAGGCCGGAGUUCGCCGGCCGACAGGGGGACAGUUUGGUGUGGAAAUUGUAUCCUAACCUCAAGACUAACGAUCACGGGCCUAGAGAGGGAAUGGAGGUGGAAUGA